GAGUGUUGCUGGGCCGAGUAAGGCUAAAUUUAUCACAAUGAAGUCUGCAGAGCCAAACCUUCGGACUGCUGUACUUAUGCCUUCCUUCCUCAAGGUUAACAGCACAGAGGAAGGCAAAAGUGCAGAGAAAAGAGUGCGAGUGAACUGUGGAAUCUGCAAGGAAACGAGGUAUUACUCAGUAUACAGAGGCGUGACACGCAUUGCAGGAACCAUUCUGGCAUGUGAGGCAUGUCGUCACUCAUAUCAAAAGUUCAAGAGAAGACCUUGCAUCCUCAAGUGCAACAAGGAGGGCAAGUGUUACGUCUUAGGUGACAAUUCCAAGAGCAGGUGCAAAGCUUGUUGGAUAGCGCAUAUACUCAGGCUGUGUCCUCUUCCUGCUGAUCUGUACAUCCAUCUUUUAAAACAUCUUCCAGACGUUAUUAAGGAGCGGAUGGAGUCCACUCCGCGGGUGAUGGACGACAUCCCUGAAGAGGAGAGAGGUGCUAUUGGACUGGAGAUGCAGAAGGAUGAGACAUGGGAAGACAUCACAGAAAUUGCGGCACCUCAGCAGGAUCCCGUCAAGCAGGAGGAGAAUGACGAGUGCGAGGAUGACAUGGAUGACGAGACGCUGGACGCUUACUUCGAGGCUGAAGAAUCACUCAACGAGAGUCAGAAUACAAACCCUGGGAACAGAGUAAAUUCUUUGCAUCACACCAACAGCAUAAAGACCGAAGCUGAGCCUGGGAAAUGGUGGACUGGAAGUGAUGGUUUGACGUAUAGUGUAGCAGUAUCUGGUAACACUCAGACGUACUUUAACAUGUCCAACAUGAGUGCUUCGGACGGCCUGACGCCCCUCACCCCCCUGCAACCUGCGGAUACUCUCACCUCCUUCACCGCUCUUGCACCCAUGACCCCAGUGGAAAUACCCCAUGUGCAACACAUUCAAAAUGAGGGAGCAACAUUUUUUACCAUAAAGCAAGAGAACAGCAACAUGCGAGAUGGAGAGAGCCAGGAAGCCAGACUCUUCCAGAACAUUAGUAUCAAGCAAGAGUACUACCAGCCACUGCAAGAGGUUGGACUCCAACUCCACACUAGCCCCUACUUCAACCACAACAGCAACACCCCAAUCUGCAUAGAGAUCCUUGACAACCAGCAGGGUACUCAAGAGACGGCCAGUGAAAGAACUGAAGUGGGGGACUGUGAUGUAGGUUCACCUUCUGAUAGCAUAGAAUCGAUUCAGCCAAAGAAAACAAAGAGGAAGAAGCACAAAGUUAAAGUGGAGGAGAAUGGGACAAUCGCUUUACAGGAUAUAGUGACAGAAGCACCAAAAAGACCAGCCUUAGACUUGGGAUCAGAUAACAUACCUCUCAAGCAGAAGAAGAAGAUUGACCGAUUUGACGGCAUGCCAGAGGAGGAAGUUGCCAAGAAAUUCCUCCCCGACCACUUGGGACCAAACAUGGACAUCCUUAUCAUUGGCAUAAAUCCCGGGCUCUUCGCUGCCCACAAGGGUCAUCAUUAUGCAGGACCUGGCAACCAUUUCUGGAAGUGCAUGUACCUGUCAGGCUUGAUCCCUGAGCCCUUCACAGCAUAUGAUGACUUCAGAUUGCUUGACUACGGCAUAGGGUUCACCAACAUAGUGGCCAGAACAACACGGGGCUCAGCCAACCUAACGAGAGAGGAGAUUAAAAAAGGGAGUGAGAUUCUUUUAGCUAAAUUAAAGCAGUAUCAACCACGAAUUGCUGUGUUCAAUGGUAAGGGCAUAUAUGAGAUAUUUUCUGGCAAGAAGCAGUUCAACUUUGGAAAACAGCCUGAGAUGGUUGACGGAACAAAUACACACAUAUGGGUAAUGCCUUCCUCCUCUGCAAGAUGUGCCCAGCUCCCGAGGGCUCUGGACAAAGUCCCCUUUUACUCUGCACUUCGCAAGUACCGUGACUACCUGAAAGGCAUUAUUCCUGAAGUAAACGAAGAAGAGAUAACUUUUUCACAUGUGAGACUAUCCAAUCCCAAGACGCCAGUGAAGCAGGAGGUGAAGUUGGAGCAAGACGACAUAGGAGAACCAAAGAAAACCAUCAGCUCAGAGUCGGCAAAGGCUCUCAAGGCCUUCAAGGGAAAUAUUAAGAGUGAGGAAAAUGAAUGCAGCAUAAAGUCAGAAAAUCCAUCUUAACAUCUUCAUGCUUAGUCCAAAGUAAGUUUUACAGUAUUGAGAGGGUGAACAUGGGCCAUGAGUUUCUUGCAAGUGGUUUUUCCUUUGGCAAGAGAGGUUGUAGCAAGAACUGUGUCUAUAAUUUUCUUUUUUUCUUUUCUUUUCUUUCUUUUUUUUUUUCUUUUUUUUUUCUUUCCCAUAUCCCUUUUAAUUUUUCUCGUAACAUUAACAAUUCUCUUUUAUCAACCAGAUGUGUACUUUCUCGCACAUCACUUUUCCAUUCAUGUCUCUUAAUGUAGCAACUUUGAUUUUCCAAUGGAGUGAUUAGCAGAACCUCAUGCUUUGUAACCCCUCAUUGAAGGUAAAUGAGUAACCAUAUGUAGGGAUCAAUUAUAAACUAUGUAGCUUUAAUGAGACCUGUCACUCUUGGGCACGGGUCUAUGCAGGACCUAUAUACCUGUUUUUUUUCCCUUUGUGAGGGAGACUUAGAAGUACCUUUUAUUAGUCUUCAUCUUCUGUGUGCAAUUUACUAGUAAUCUCAAAAGAUGCCAGUGCACAAAGAUAUUGAUAAAAGGAUCACUGUUGGGAGAGAAAGACGAGGAUGGCAGUGUGGACCAUCCUCUUACCUCUCUUUGUAUUUUUUCUUUCUUUCCUUCGUUUUAAUUGAAUUUAGAUUUCCAGUUCCUCUUUUUUUCUUUUUUUUUUUUGAGAGAACCUCCUCUUCCUUCUCUUCCUCCUUUUCCCCCCUCAAAAACUCCAAUAUAUGCAUGUAUAUGCAUUAAAACGAGAGGGGGUUAAAAUAGCUUGAUAUACCCAUUAUUGAUACAAGAUGUUUGAAGAUCCAGAGUGACUGAUAGAUGGAUGUAUUGUAUUCUCUUGAGGCUAAUAUGACAAAAAAUGUGGUAAUUAAGAAAUUUAUUGGUUGGUACGAGAAGUAUUUGUAGCUUCCGGGUUGAAGCUGUUGCUGGAAUGGGUAGAACGAGUUUGGGCAGAUUGUGUAUGAAUACUCCAUGAAUAUUUAUGAUUUGUGUAUGUGUAUAUCCUGUGAGUAUAUGCUAUAAUAGUUUAUAAGAUGUUUUUUUUUCUUUUCUUUUCUUUUCUUUUCUUUUAGGGAGUUAUGUGAACUUGGUGUUGUGUAUGUCAUUAGUAUUUUAUUUAUUUAUCAUAAAUUCUUGUGAUGAAAGCAAGAAGAGGCCAUUAAAUAAUAGAUUUGUAGAAAAAACGGUUACAAAUAAGUGCAAUUAAUUGAAUAGAAUAAGAUAAAAAAAAAAUUUGGAUUUCUAUUACUUAUUUAUUAUUUUAUUUAUUUUAUAUUAUUUUUUGAUUAAUAAUAUAUAUAUAUAUAUAUAUACUUAUAGAAAUGAGGAGUUUCUAUCUGUUUUAUGUGAUCAAACUGACUUAAUUUGCUGAUCUGAGUAUCCUAUGAUUUGCUGUAAAUGACUUUGGAGUUCAUGUAAAAAAAAAAAAAAAAAAGGAAAAUGUAAAAAAAAAAAAAGGUUCUAAUAUGUGUAUUUCUAAAAGGUUAUAAUCUCCUUGUGUUUAUUUUCUGACGAUCCUACAUUUUUAAUUAUUUACGUG